AUGCCGUGCUCGCUCGCUGAGAUUCCUGAUGACUUGUCGACGCUCAAGCAUUCGACGAUGGUUGACGUGUACAACACGUGCGAAGUUCUGACGGAUUCUGGAUUUGACGAAACUCAGCCUCCGGACGUUGACAUUACGGUCUACGACGAGAACCUCAACAGUGUGGCUGGAUUUUCUGAAGACGCUGAGCUAGUUAAUCGCUGUGCUGCUCACGCGCUGAUGGGCGCCCGUAAGCUUAAGCCGAAACGACAACAAAUUUCGGCCCUGGAACUGGACGCGCUGAUAGCGGAAUUUGUGUCGAAAGACGUCAUGAAUCACUCUUCGCAUGAUGAUCUUCUUGCUGCAAUGUAA